AUGGCAGCCCGCUUGGUGCGACGCUGCUGCUGGCAGCACUUCACCACCUUCAUCUCCCCUCCCUCAGCUUUCCCAGCUUCUUUACUGGUGCCAACUGGGAAAAUGACCAUGAUGAGAGCUUUACCUCCAACACCUCCCGCUUUAUUUCACACCUCCAGCCCUCCCAGCAGGGCAGAUGGAUUCUCCAUCAAAGAGCAGGUGGAAGAGGGAAGAAAUCCAGAGUACAAAGUGAUGGGACAGCUGAUUGAAACAGCUGUGAGUCCUCAGGAACUCUUCCAGCUCAGUCAGCUCCAUGCUCUGAACAGCAACCAAGCUUCUCUCAUCAUCACUCAACUGUCCCGCCUGGCUGCUGAAAACAAACUGGAAACUGAGAAUAUUCUACGGGAUGAACGUUUCCAGCACCUCAUCAGCAUCAUGGAUUCCCAGAUAUCUCAAGUGUGGAAUAACACUUUGGUGAACCUCCUGAAGAGCCUCUACUCCCUGGGGAUGGACAGUAACAGGAAGGAGAUGCAGUCGGUGGAGCAAGAGGUGCUGUGGAGACUGCGGCGUCUCACCUUCAGGCAGUUGGCUUCCCUGGCAGAGUUCUUGGCCAUCAAGCAAGGGAAGGAGAGCAAGUUGCUGAAUGAAGUCAUCAAGAAGCUGGAGUUGCGUUGGACAGAGCUCGAGGGCACCCGAACCGUGGUGACACUGAUGGGCAAGGUGGGGCACGUCUCCCCGGCUCUGAUGGACCGGCUGGAGGACAAG